UUUUGAAUGGUUUAGGGGGAUCUCACUUGAGCUACUGCCAUUAGCACAUACUUCGUACAACAGUAAACAAUGGUUGCGAGAUGAUUCUCGAUUACUCGAAGAAAUAUUAUUUCCAAUCGUGCAGACAUAGCAGAUGCAGGGUUUCGCUGCUUACACGAGAACAGGUAGCAUAUGUUCUUUGCUGACUGGGUCUAUGAACUGCGAAGUCGCAGAUUCAACAGUGAAACUAUCUUCUUCCUCCUAUCAGAGACUCUCCUCGCACAACUUCUUAGUGCUUCUCGAUUCCGUCGACGCUUUUCUAUUCGACUGCGAUGGUGUGAUUUGGAAAGGUGACAAAUUGAUAGAUGGAAUCCCUGAAACACUCCAUAUGCUUCGUUCCAAUGGCAAGAAGCUUGUUUUUGUGACAAAUAAUUCAACAAAAUCAAGAAAACUGUUCUCCAAGAAGUUCCAUACUCUUGGAAUUCCCGUUUCUGAGGAUGAGAUAUUUUCAUCUUCGUUUGCUGCUGCAAUGUAUUUGAAUGUUCACAACUUCCCAGAGGACAAGAAGGUUUCCAAAGGUGUAAUGUCAUGUGCUACACAAGAAGUGAAAGAUCUUUACCAUGUCUUAGAGAAUGAGUUUCUUCCUUUAGAUCUAGCAUUGAAAGCACAACCAUUAUUGAUCAAAAUCUCAAAGCUUGGGGGGUUAACUGUCAUCAGUUUCUUCUGUUCCUGAUGUGCAAUUGUCUCAAUAUGUUCCAUCUUUGGAGAAAAAUGUCACUCUGAGGUGUCUCAAGUGUAUCAUACAAUACAGAUUGACAACUUAUGUAGAAUGAUUCCUUUCUUUGACUUCACUGCUGUUGAAAAGAUUUCAGUGGAUGUUGAUUGUAGCCAAAAAAAUAUGAUCACAUGAAAAGUGUUGUAUUCUUUGGCAAAAAGGUUCUGGCUGAUGUGUUGCUUAACAUGGUUCGUCAUACACCACCUCCAAAAGGGUGGGUACAAAUCAAUGUGCAAAGUAGUUUGAAGCAGAAGCAGAUAUCUGGUGGAGUUACUGCGGUGCGUAUCGAAUUCAGAUUUCAGGACCUAAAAUCCUCUCGCUGAACAAAAGGACGGCCUCCUGCCACCCCCUUCUCCUUGCUGCUGCUUUCCAUGCCCCGAUAUGCGCCGCCGCCGGGUAAUUAACGUUUCUCGGUUAUGAAGACCGACCAACCAGACCAACUUUUGUUAUGCCCACUGAUUGGCGGGCUUCUCAUAUGCUUUCAGACCCGCAUCAUCGCACAAGUUUCCACUACAAUGGUGAAAAAGGAAAUAAAAAUACAUAUCCUUAUACAUAACUUUAUUGUUAUAUUUAUGUUCAAUCAAAGCAGAUGGUAAUUACCUAGAAGAGAUUUGAAUCACAAUGGGAGCAUUCUUGACUUGCUUGAAGGGUGAUGUGCAAGAAUCCUCAUCUAAGUUUAUUAUCCUUGCACGUUUGGCUAAUUCACCUUUUCCGUUUGUAGCCAUUGGACUGGACUGAAGUACAAAAACAACUCCGUAGAAGUGCAGAAAGAAGGCACCGAGUUUGAUGAAGAGUUUGGCGUAGGUGUUAUAGUUUGCUGCAGGGCGUUGUAUUAUAUUCGCACACUAAUGUGUCGUACGUUGGCUUUGUAAAGAUUUAGGGUUUAAAGUUGCCUAAUUGUAGCCUAAUUGUAGUUGUAUAAUUGUAGC